AUGAAAGUUGAGAGGCAGUUGAAGAGAAAAUGGGGAACUAGGAAUCAACAAGGGCCUAAUUCAUCUUGGAGGGGAAAGGAUAACAACACUGGCAAGGUUGCACCAAAGGUGGAACCACAACAACCUAGGAAUUUGGACAUCAAGUGCUUGGGGACAAGACAUAUUGCUUCUCAGUGUCCAAACAAACGAGCAAUGAUUUUGAAAGAUAGCAGGGAAGCGGUGAGUGACAGUGAUGAAGAUGGAAUGCCUAAGUUAGAAGAUGUUAGUGAUGAUGGUGGGAUGGAGUAUCCAGUUGAAGAGGAUGCAUUGGUGUGGUUGGAUGACCAUGGAAAGGUUAAGGUGAACAAGAGGGUGUUAUUUAAUCUGUCAAUUGGGAGGUAUAAGAAUGAAGUGUCGUAUGGUGUUGUGCCUAUGGAUGCGGGACAUAUAUUAUUGGGUAGGCCUUGGCUCAUCAAGAGGGAAUUAUUAGAAUAUCCUAUAUCUAACUAUAUAAAUAUAAAGGGAGGAUUUUAUGGGAGAGAUUUUAAUCUUAUUAAAAUAUCAUACGGUAAUUCAACUCAGAUAAUUUCGCCCCAGAAUUUUAUUUGUUCAGGGAGAUAUCUUUUGAAGUUGGAAAGUGGACCCCACAAAAGAAGUGAACAAAAAAAUUGUCUUGUAUACUCGAGAAAGAAUAAAAUCGUAAAAGCUGUGGCGGUAUCAGUGCCAUCAUCUCCAGCAGAUAAUGCAGAGGACAGAAAACAAUUGAGUGAAAACUAUGGUUUUAGGCAAAUUGGAGAACCUCUUCCAGAUAAUGUCACUUUGAAAGAUAUAGUUGAUACACUUCCAAGAAAGGUCUUCGAGAUAGAUGAUGUAAAAGCUUGGAAGUCUGUACUCAUAUCCGUGACUUCUUAUGCAUUGGGGAUCUUCAUGAUUGCCAAAGCACCAUGGUAUCUUCUUCCUCUAGCUUGGGCUUUUACAGGAACUGCAAUCACAGGGUUCUUUGUCAUAGGACAUGAUUGUGCCCACAAGUCAUUCUCAAGAAACAAAUUGGUGGAAGACAUCGUUGGAACUCUGGCCUUCCUUCCAUUGAUAUACCCAUAUGAGCCCUGGCGAUUUAAGCAUGAUCGGCACCACGCAAAAACAAAUAUGUUGUCAGAGGAUACGGCCUGGCACCCUGUAUGGCUAGAAGAAUUUGAGUCUUCUCCAAUUUUGAGGAAGGCAAUUAUAUAUGGAUAUGGCCCAUUUCGACCAUUGAUGUCUAUAGCACACUGGCUGAUGUGGCACUUUGAUUUGAAGAAGUUCAGAUCGAAUGAAGUUAAGAGAGUAAAGAUAAGUUUGGCUUGUGUGUCUGCUUUCAUUGCAAUUGGAUGGCCACUGAUAAUCCUAAAGACUGGGAUCAUGGGAUGGAUCAAAUUCUGGUUGAUGCCGUGGUUAGGUUAUCACUUUUGGAUGAGUACUUUUACAAUGGUUCAUCAUACGGCUCCACACAUACCCUUUAAAUCUUCAGAUGAGUGGAAUGCUGCCCAGGCCCAACUUAAUGGCACGGUUCAUUGUGAUUAUCCGCAUUGGAUAGAGAUUCUCUGCCAUGACAUCAAUGUUCACAUACCCCAUCACAUUUCAUCCCGAAUACCAAGCUAUAAUUUGCGGGCAGCUCAUAAAUCUCUCCAAGAAAACUGGGGAAAGUACAUGAACGAGGCUACAUGGAACUGGCGAUUGAUGAAGACAAUACUGACAAUUUGCCAUGUUUACGACAAGGAGCAAAAUUAUGUUGCUUUCGAUGAACUAGCACCCAAAGAUUCACAACCAAUCACAUUCCUUAAAAAAGUAAUGCCAGAUUAUGCUUGAUUUAGUGAUGUGCCUUUCAAGUGUACCAUGUAUCGAUGUUUUUAACUCUAUAUUACAUGUUUAAACAUUCUUUAUUUUAAAGAAUUACAUAUCAAUAGAGGAAAGUUCAUUGAAGGCUUAA